UGAAUAUUUCAAAUGUGUUUUGUUGGUGUUAAAUCCUUAAAGUGGUUAAAUUGUUUUGUAUCAACUCCAAAAAAGUAUAAAACCAGUGUCUUAUAAUGGAUAAUACAACAUCUUUAAAACCAAAAACUAUGGCGGAGCUUUUGCCUGGUCUCAGUGGAAUACUUUCAAGAGAUGCUAUUCAAUCACUCACUGCAAGAAAACAGCCUCGACCGACGAUGGCUCAAACUCGUACAGCCGAAAAAGUUUUAAAGCCGCUAACAAUAGCAGAAAUGAGAGCUGAUAUUCAAGCACUCAAAAUUCAAUCGCCAAGAAAAUUUGCACAACCCACAUCAAAUAAAAAGAAAAUUUGGAAUUCAUCUGUGAAAAUUGAUAAAAAAAUAAGCCACACUGCUGAUGGUCAAAUGAAAAACAAUCCUGUUAGGAAAGUGCUUAAUUUUCAACCAAAAACAAAAGCUCCUAUUAACACAAGAAUCACAAUAAACCCAUUAAAUGUGGAAACUCCCAAGUUUCACAAACCUGAAUUUCGAGCUAAAAAAUCUGUACAUCUCCAAGCUCGUAAUGUUGUAAGGAUCAGUGGAGUAUGUAAUAUAGCUGAAACACCAAAAGUAUUAACAAACUUAAACAAAAGCAGAAUGACACUUGCAAACAAAGAGAAUAUAUCGAACCAGAGUAGCAUAACUAAAAAGACACUAGUUACACCAAAAAUCUUUAAUCACCGACCAUUAAAUAAACGUUCUGUGCCAGAUACUCCUUUGUCAAAUGAAUCCUGGAAAUCUAGUUGUGAUGCAAGUUUUUUACAAACUGAAAAGGAAAUACAUGAUACAGAAGAGAAAGCUAAAGCUAUAUUGGAGGAACAUACUUUAGAAAACAUUGCUGAAGUGACACCACCAGUUUCAACUCCCUUCAGAGAUUACAGAAAUAUAAAAGAAUAUUUCAACAACUCUAGUGAACUUGAAAGUUCUGCUUUGUACAAUGACAACACUAUUAUGUGCUUCGAUAAAACUGCAAAUAAGAGGGAAGAAAGUGUAAUUGUAUCAUUGUGUGACCUACUCAAUAAAGCUAAAGUGAGUCAUCCAGAAAAUUGUGACACAGAACUAGAAGAUUUAUUGGAAGUAGAAAAACAAACUGAACAUAACAUUAGAAUGAUUGAAAGUGGUAUUCAAACAUUGCUCAAUAUUAAAGACUCUCAAAUAAAGUCCUUGCAGUCUGUGAGAAAAUUAAUUAGUGAAAAGAAAAAGGGCUACCAAAGUCAUGGGCAUGAACAUGAUAAAACUCUAGUAACUGAAGCCAAAGCAACCACUAUAGCAUUAAAAGAGAAACAAAGCCUCACAAAGAGUCCAAUUUUUGGGAAACCAUGUUCUGUUAUAAAAACCCCAUUAAAAUCACCAUCAUACAAAAUACCAAAAAAGAAUUUAUGUUUAAGAAAAAAAGUAUUUCAUAAAUCAAUGCCAAAUAUGACAACGCCGGACAAAGACAUUGACAAGAGAGCUUUAAAUAUGUAUAUGAAAAUGAAAGAACAAAUGAAUUUUUUAAGUACUCCUCUUGUUAAACAUACUAAUGUUGAGUUGCCAGAUACACCUGCAGUUACAUCUCAUAAUUUACAAAGACAAUUAGAUAAAUUAUAUGAUGAAAGUUAGAACAGGAGACAAUUAGACAACAUUUAAAGAUUUAUUUUAAAAAUAAAGUAAUAUAAUAAUAUUAAGCCACAUAUGUGCUAUAUUUUAAUGUGCUUUAAUUGUGUUAAGUAGUAUUUAAGGUUGUGCUACAGGUUGGCGUAAUAAUGAUAAUAAAUAUUAUUUUCACUAAGGAUUUUUUAUACAUUAAUUUAAACAGCCAUAUAUUGUAUAAAUGUAUUUUUAAAUUACUGUUUGAUUUUUGACCA